GCAUUAUUAGCACCGCGAUGAAACCAAAGAUAUUUUUUCAAUUAUAUCGAAUCAAAGGAGAAGAUAUGCUGUAAUUCAAGGUGGUGAGAGUGGUUUCUUAGAUUGGUCUUUGGAGAUUGUUAUUUUUUUUAUUUUUUUUUUUAGCAUAACGGAGAACGUCACCUCUUUUGUCACACUUCUGUUGUUUUGACCUAUUCCCGAAUACAACCUCAGGGUCCUAGUCAUGGCCGCUAGAGCAAGCUUAUCUUCCAUAGAAACCUUGGUCUCCGAGCUAUCGCUUAGCCGACCUGAUUCGUCCAGCUCCUCUAAUGAUGCCAUGGAUACAUCGCCACCGCCUACUCCGUCCUCACGACGCAGGACGGAAUCGAAUCCCCCAAUGCUACCAUUGAUGCCCAGCGCAGCAACCACAACAAGAAGACUUAUCUCAAAUGCUUCAGUGGAUGCUCCACUGGAACGGACGCAUAAAAUAACUGACACAGCAAGUUCUUCCACUACUCCAGACAGCAGUGCUAAUACACCAGCAACUGGGUCCUCAGUAACCGGUUACGACUGGCACCAGCAGUCCCUGAAUUUAUGUAUGCAUAUCUUUUCAAGGGGAUUCAUCGACGGCGUUGGAAGUGAUGUUACUGUAUCUGUGCCGGCAUGGAAAAAACAUUAUAAGCUUCACCGUUUAAUUCUGGAUCAAAAUCCAUAUUUCUCCACCUUGUUGAAUGGCAAUUUUCGUGAAGCUUCUUCAGGCAUUGUUACACUUCAUUUUGACGAAUCCAAUGCCUAUAUUACAGCUGAUUCAUUUGAAUUUGUCUUGGCCCGACUCUAUGGCAAAAUGAAUGACCCGGAUAUCAAUCACAGUAAUGUCCGCCAUAUUUUGGCUACAUGUUCCUAUCUUCAAUUAGAACAACUAUGCGACCAUUGUUAUCAUUUCAUCACGAGCGAUCUACAAGAAAAUAACGUCGUUGAUUAUCUCAUAUUCGCUGAUCAGUAUGCGUUGCACGGCAGCAGCAGGAUUCUGGAAGCUGUGCUCACGUUCCUGUGCAGGGAAGCCUGGAAUAUGGAUCGCCUGUCUAUCGCCCAAAUGCCAGUGGACUGGCUUCAAAAGUUGAUUGAAAGUGACGCUUUCUGGGUACCCAGUGAAUUCGAUCGGUAUAGAUUUGCCAUUCAGGUCAUUUCUGAACAGCGUAGGCUCUAUAGCCAACAACAACAAGAAAAGACAAGGUCGUGGGCUCCAUCACGAGAAAAUCUUGAACAUUCCAUAUCCAGUAUGUCGUAUUCUCGAAGUCGUCGACAAAGUGGCCUAAGCGACAAGUCAGCCUCGGAGAUGCAUUCAAAGGGAAUGAGUCCAGCUGCCAUCGAUUACUUGAACGAGGAACAUGAAGCUGUUUAUGAAGAUAUAUUUUCUAAUUCGAUCUUUUAUACCCAUAUGAAUUUUGACCAACUGGAAAAAAUAAGAAAAGACAGAGAUGAAAUCACAGGACAACGAUAUGUACCAGACCAUGUUCUCAAGGAUGCCCUGUGGCAGCAAAUAGAGUUGCGAUCCCGCAUUGAAUCUGCGAAUGAAAGGGAUACCGAUCUCGGGGUAACUAGUUCUAGCCAUCACGAAACCAUGGACGAUCAUACAAAAGUUCGAUACGCUAUCCCUAGUGACGACACGACGAACUCCACAGGAGAGUCCGCCUUAUCACAGGCUAUUGGCCAGAAGUCAAUGUCAUCCAGCCUAAAGCCUAUGCCAAACCCAUCAACUUUCAGCAUUGCCACCAAUCCCACCGAAACCUUUGCAAAAAGCUAUUCAAAAUAUCCCCCCUUUCGCUUCAGUGUUGAAUUUAAUGAUGUUGCCCAGCUUAAGCCCAAUGUCAAGGUCUAUUCUAAAAAUGUGUUUUAUGCCGGGUCCAACUGGAACAUGUAUAUUCAAAAGCACAAAUCUCAGCGAAAAGGUCCACUUUUAGGCAUCUAUCUGCACCGCCAGUCUAUUCCUUUGACUACGGGAUUUGGCGGCCAUACCGGAGCAGCGGUAGGUGAGCAAGGCGGCAAUGCUGAGCAUGCACGAGUGAGAAGCGAUUCGUCUUCGGCGAACUCUGCCGGCUACAGUGACAGACGUAAAUGUGUUCGUACUUGGUUUAAAAUAUUCUGUCCUGCACGAGGACCAAAGCAAGCCUUGACCUUAUUCCAAAGUUGUCCGGAUGAAUUCAAGGUCUCUCAAAGCUGGGGCUGGAAGAGCACCAGUCUGUACAGUGACCGGCCAUCCACUGUAGACGACCAUCAAGGAGUGAGCCCUGAUGCGGAGAUGACACGCAAUGCACCUGGCAUGCAAACACCGACAGCUUUACGCUUCUCAGUAGUAAUGGGUCACGUUUAGACAUUCUAUAGCGCAGGAUAGCAACAGACGAUAACCUACGCGUUCAUGUAAUAUUCUUUUACCACACCGUUCUUCAUAAUAAUAAUAAUAAUAAUAAUAAUAAUGACAAUAGGUGAGCAUUUUCAUCUCAAUUAUAUUUUUUUCCAUCAGCCCAAAUUUUUUUUUACAGCAAAACCGUUUUUCACGCAUAAAAAAAAAAAAAUAA